AUGGACGCUGCACAAUACAAUGCCUACAUUGAGCAGAUGAGGCAGACUGAAUAUCCCAUGCUCAAAGAUGCCACAUACCUCGACCAUGCAGGAACAACACUUUACAGUAAAUCGCUGCUCGAAGCCUUCUCGGCCGACAUGAUGAGCAACCUCUAUGGCAAUCCACACUCAGCCUCACAAGCCUCGCAACGAUCCACCCAUCAAGUCCAAGACGUCAGACUACAACUCCUCCGGUACUUCGAUGCGAAUCCGGAUGAUUUUGAUCUCAUCUUUGUCGCCAACGCCACUGCAGGAAUCAAGCUGGUUGCUGAUGCCCUUCGCGAGCACGAGUCUGGCUUUUGGUACGGAUAUCAUAGGGAUGCACACACUAGUCUUGUCGGUGUACGAGAGCUAGCAAAAGAACAUCGGUGUUUUGCCGAGGACAAAGAUGUGGAAGAGUGGAUUCGCCAGAAUGGACAGACCAUGCACAACCGCCUCGGGCUCCUCGCCUACCCUGCACAGUCAAACAUGAACGGACGUCGUCUGCCUCUCGGCUGGUGUGAGAAGAUGCGGAGCCAAGGUGUCCUGACUUUACUGGACGCUGCUGCUCUCCUCUCGACCUCCCCAUUAUCCCUUGCCAACCUCGAUACCGCUCCUGACUUUACCGUCCUCAGUCUGUACAAGAUCUUUGGCUUCCCUGAUUUGGGAGCACUCAUCGUUCGCAAAGAUGCCGCAUGGGCUCUACAAAAGAGAAGAUACUUUGGUGGUGGCACUGUCGACAUGGUUGUUUCGUUGAAGGAACAAUGGCAUGCUGUCAAGUCUGCUCAUCUCCACGAGCAAUUCGAGGACGGAACCUUGCCCAUACACAGCAUCAUUGCACUGAAGUCUGCUUUGUCGACACACACAGACUUGUUCGGCACAUUAAACCGUAUCUCUGAGCAUACGUCUCACCUCGCUGAACGUCUGUACACCUCCUUGUUGUCGUUACGCCAUGGAAACGACGAGCCUGUCUGCCAGAUUUACAAGGAUCCGCUUUCGACGUACGGCGACGGAUCUACACAAGGUCCCGUUAUUGCUUUCAAUCUCCGUGAUGCUAGAGGACAAUGGAUAAGUAAUCUGGAAGUAGAGAAGCUCGCCCACGUCCGUAACAUCAACAUCCGCACUGGUGGCCUGUGUAAUCCCGGUGGCAUUCAAUCUGCGCUGCAUCUCUCACCAUGGCAGAUGAAGCAAAACUUCUCUUCUGGACAGCGUUGUGGCUCCGAGAAUGACGAUGUUAUCAACGGCCAGCCCACAGGCAUGAUACGAGCAAGUCUAGGAGCGAUGUCGACGUUGAAAGAUGUCGAGACCUUCAUUUCAUUCAUCACAGAGUUCUUCCUCGAUUCCAAAAGUUCGCCGAACAAUCGAACAGACUCUCCUGUUUUGAUGGCAGAAGUUCCCAUUGUUGAACAACUGCACAUUGAAAGCUUGACGGUAUAUCCGGUGAAAAGCUGUGCAGGCUGGCAAAUACCUCCAGAUACAUCAUGGGAAGUGCGACCACAAGGUCUGAUCUGGGACCGUGAAUGGUGCAUCAUCCACAGUGGUACUUCGGCCGCAUUGUCACAAAAGAAGUACCCACGCAUGGCUUUACUUCGACCAUCUCUCGACUUUGCAGCUGGACUCUUACACAUCACAUGCGCCGUACCCAUCAAAGGUGCCACUUGCACAGAGAUCACCGUCCCACUAUCAGCCGACCCUCGCUGCUUCCUCCCCUCCAGCAAAACCUCCACACCAACAAACGUAUGCGGUGACAAUGUAUCCGCAAAAAUCUACUCCGACCCCUCCAUCUCCUCCUUUUUAUCUUCCAUCCUAGACGUCCCCUGCCAACUCGCCCGUCUUCCCGCAAACUCGACAUCUCGACACAUGAAACCGCAUCUCCGCACCGCUGGCUCUGAAAAAAUGCCCCUCUCAUUCUCCAACGAAAGCCCUGUCCUCUGCAUCACCAGAAUGUCCGUAAACGCUUUGAACAAAGAAAUAAAAGCAAAAGGGGGUAUAGCAACACCGGCAUCGACUUUCCGCGCUAAUAUCGUUAUAUCGCAACCUUUACAUCUACCUCCAGGUACGGAAUUGCCACAUGCAGAAGAUUCUUGGUCUUCUGUAUCCAUCGCAAAAAGGGAUACAGAGGCUGAAGCAGCGGAAGCGACAUUUGACGUCUUGGGGAAGUGUAGGAGAUGUCAUAUGUUGUGUAUAGAUCAGAGGACUGCGGAAAAGAGACAGGAGCCUUUUGUUACGUUGGCAAAGACUAGGAGGAGUGAGGGGAAAGUGUGGUUUGGUGUUCAUCUGGCGUUGGGUAAGGGACAGACUAGGGGAUGGCUGAGGGUUGGUGAUGCUGUCGUUACUUCUUAG